CGUACAAUUAUGGCGCGUCAGCUCUGUUAUUACGUCUAGAUUUGCAAUUCGUGAAUGCUCAAUUUUCAUGUUGUCUUAGUAAGUAAAGUGAAACAGAAGAGGCAGACGACCAAACAUUUCGAGUAUGAAAUUCGUACAAAAUCAGUCCAACGGUUCUGGAGUUAAGAGAUGAUAGCAUAAAAAUAACUUCUGACUAAUAUUCUCGAAAACCGCGUGACUUACGAAAAGCGUGUGCUGUUCAUAAAGUGUGGGUCUCAAUUCUUUCUAAAACGUUCUUGUUCAAAACAAUUUCCCUUCAAUAAAUAUUUAGCAAGUUAAUCCAGAGAUGAACGUAGAAACGCGAGUAAGUCACAAAACGUGUCCGCUAAUGCUGUUUGAUUUCACAUAAAAUUUUAAAGUGUCAACAAGUUUAAGUUGAAGUCCCCAAUCUGUUCAAUGGUUCUUGAGUUGUUGCAUACUGACAGACAGACAAGGCAAAGGCAACAGACGCAUUUUUGCAGCUCAGUUACGAGUAUGACUACAACAAUUCCCAUAACGUCAGAAUUAGAACUAUUAAAUAAGAAAACAGGCUACAGGAUUUUCCGCUUACUGGCUUUUAGAUUCCACUUCACGUAGUUAUUUAGUGAACGAGUAUUUAGGGCCUAAUAUCUUAUCGAUAAGUGGCGAGUUACGAAACUUCUGAAUUUAUCUUGUCCUCUGGGUCAUUUGGGAAGAGCACAGAUCACAAAAAGCAAUUUAUAAAGGCAAACGAAGAAGAUAUUUUUCCAAUCACAAGAUAGUUUUAGUUUUUCAUUCAUCCUUCAUAAAGUAAGACAGUCUGGAGAUUGAAUAAGCAAGAAGUGAACAAAAUUGGAUUCGCAAAGGAAUACAACACUGCCAGCGCCACUGUCAAGAACAUGGACCUGCACGGAAAGGUGGCGCUAGUGACUGGGGCAGCUCACGGCAUUGGGUUGGCCACCGCCGAGCAACUGCUGAAGAACGGCGUCAAGGGUGUGGCAAUAUGUGACAUUGACUACAAAAAGGGAGAGGACGCAGCUGCGUCGGUUAUCAAAGAGUACGGAAAAGAUCGAGUGAUUUUCAUCAAGACUGACGUCACCAAGUCGAAUGACUUAAAAGAGGCUUUCAAGGAAACGGAGGAGACAUUCGGCACUAUCGACAUCGUUGUCAACAAUGCAGGGAUAAUCGACGAUGAUCACUGGGAGACAGAGGUCGAAAUAAACGCGAAAGGAGUCGUUAGAGGCACAGAAUUAGCGUUGAAGUACAUGGGAAAAGACAGGGGUGGUAAAGGAGGUGCAGUGGUUAACGUGGCUUCUGUGGCCGGUUUGGGUAAAAACAGCGCUUGUCCAGUGUACGAUGGAACGAAGAGUUUUGUCGUAGGAUACAGUCGGUCUAUCUCUUUUCCGCCGCUGUAUAAGAGCCACGGGGUGAGAAUACUGUGUAUGUGCCCAGGAUUUACGGACACCCCUAUAGCUGCUGGAGUUCUUGAUGCCUACGAGAAGCUGAAUUUUGACAAACAGAAAAUAUUGUCAAAUGUUACAAUGCAACAACCUGACCAUGUAGCAGAGGGCAUUGUGCAUAUUCUACGUGAAGGAGAACCUGGAACUGUGUGGGUCAGCGACAGAUGCGAGCCGGUCUAUCAGGUCAACUUCCCGGAGCUUGUCAAGCCCUAAGGCUACAUCAGCACAACUUCAACACAAUGAAAAUAAGCCAAUUCCCACGCCAAGGAUUCCCUCGCGAGUCUGGAACUAUUUCGACGAGCGAGUCUUACAAAAAUGCCAAUGGCUUGUGACAGCCGAUGCUAAUCCACAAAGCAAAUACAGAUUCUUUUUACUAAUAGUGUUUAUUGUGUUCACGGGAUGAUUCAUUGGCCUCAAAUAAUAUGAUCUCCGACCAUCUAGAAGUUUGUAACACUGAUUAAUUAACUUAUUAGGUCUAUGUUGGCCAUCUUUAGUGUCUGAGAUAGGACUAUAUUUGCCCAGACACAGACUGACAUUAUGCCGGUAUAAUGAUAACUAGUCACCUGAAGACGAGGUUAGAGCCAGCCUAAAUCGUCGUGUAUAUGAUAAAACCUUAAGUAAGGAAUUAUUUAACAUAAUAAUGAAGAAGUACAACUAUACAUUCGUUGUUACCUUGCCUAACUAAAAACCCAGUCACUUAAAACUUCAUAAUUCAAAUACAAGUUUUAGAUUACCUAAAUGCCUCAGGUUCAUUCCAAUGUCAAUGAGAUGAAACUGGAGGUGAGGCUUUAUAUCAUCGAUACCUUUCCUCUCACAACUUCCUGACUGGUAAAGCACAAUACAAUCCUUUCAGAACUACACAAGAAAUUUGCCAAGCAACUAAUAACGCUGCGUCGUGAAAUGUAUGAGAGAAAUUAAAGUUCAAAAUGAAUAAAGCAUCGACAGUCGGCAUCAUAAUGCUCAAAUUAAAGGAUUAGAGUUAUAUCACAAAGGACUAAGUACAAAUCAGAACCAUCAUAAUUUAAGCAAAUAAAUGGAAGAGUAGAGAGUAUAAAACGUUAAGGAUUGUCAUUCAAAGCGCUAAUUAACGUAACAUCAAAAUAACCAAUUACUACGCUUAAAUAUUGAACGGAAAGUUUCAGCGUUUCACACGAAGAUAAAAAUUCAACCGCAAAUGAUGUUUUAACAUUUUACGCAUUACGGACAAGUUAACUCGAUUAGAAACACAAUAUUUUUGAAUCAGCUUAAGAUACAAUUGAUAUAUUAACAGUGAGUGAAAAAGUCUUUCCUGCCAUUGUUAUCGGUUACAGAUAAGCUAUCUGUAGCUUUAUGCGAAGGUUUCUAUAGAAGGUUAUAUAAAGUAAACAGGAAGGCAUUUAUGAAAACAAAAACAACGAAAAUUAUAUAAUGUAUCAGUUUAUGACAAUAUGAGCCACAUAACGACACAGCAGUUCAAAACAACAAAUGUCGUGGUUUAUCAACGAGUCAAAUUGAAAAAAAAAGUUUUAUUUCGAACAGAGACAGACUUCAUACAGAGAAACACAAUUUAAAUAGAAUGAUUUUACUUUAAAGAUCGUAACGCAGUCCACAGAAUACGACGUUUCUGAAGUUUCGGAAAGAACUAUUCAAUUAAUUAAUACUAUUUUAAUAAUUAAUACUAUUUUAAUUAUCUUAUUUUAAAUACAUUGUAAUUUGACGGAAUAACCAAAUAAUUUAAUUUUAAUUUAAUAAAUCACAAUAUGACGCAACUACACUAUCUGAUAAUUAAUACUAAUAAUCGCAUAUCACUGAAAAGCUUUAUGUAAAAUGUUGUUAAACAUAUGGCUUCCAUUGUUGACACUUAACAUUCAGCCCGCGCAUGUUUUUUUUAUACCGACCCUCCUGCAAAAUAGUUUGAUUUUAACUGCACUAUAUAGUCCUUUGCUAAUUUUCAUUCAUUAUAAGAUGGUCGUGAUGCAGGCCGAAAAUAAAAAUUGAUUGUCCGAAAACAUCGAACUCGGGGUUCUAGUAAAACCAACAACAGGAAUAGAUUACUUGAAAAGUUACUCUGUUGUAUACUUCUAAAAGGAUAGAAGGGAAUGAUCCAAAAGAAUUCAGGUUCUAAACCACAUUCUGCAAAGAACAGAAGGAAGGCAGGAAUACGUAAAAAAAUUCGACACGUAAUAUCGAAUCCUCACGAACGGAACUAAGUUACACUGGUACAGGGUCUACAUAAACAAAAAGUGUAACAACAUAACAACACAAGAAAAGAGUAACCCACUUGUGUGCACCAGGGCCAUUUAUGCACGAAGUCCCUAAACUGCCAAACCAGCACGUGACAAUUGGGUUUAAUUAUUUACGGUUUCGCAAUAAUUUUGUAAACAUCUUAUUAGGAAUUAGCCUUCUUUUCCACAUUUCAAACGUUUGCCUAAAUCACUUCCCUCAAAUGUCGACUUUUAAAGCGACGACAACAGGUCCACUGACACCCAUGACUGCUCUUCAAUGAAAUACAUCAGACAUAUCUUGUUGUAGUAGCAUGAGAUCAUAUUACAAAAUAAAUAAAACAGAGUUUCAAAAAUA